GAGCGACACACACUGAUGGAGAAGCUGCCGAAACUCCCGGUCCCGGAUCUGAAGCUCUCGCUGGACUCGUACCUGCGAUCCGUGAAACACCUGGUGUCCGACACACAGUUCGGGAAAACCAGAGCCGUGGUGGAGGCGUUCGGGAGACCGGGAGGAGUCGGAGAGACACUGCAGGAACAGCUGAGGGAGAAGAGAGAAAACACUGAGAACUGGGUGUACGACGUGUGGCUGGACGACAUGUAUCUGAAGAACAGACUCGCUCUGCCAGUGAACUCCAGUCCGGCGCUGGUUUUCCCCAAACAAUCCUUCAGAGACUAUAGAGACUCUCUCAUAUUUGCUGCUCGUCUCGUUUUGGGUGUUUCUCAGUACAAGACUCUGGUGGAUGGGAAGACUCUGCUGGAUGCUCAUCUCUGCAUGGAUCAGUACCAGCGUCUCUUCAGCUCCUCCAGACGGGCCGGACUCCAGCGCGACACACUCGUCACAGCAGACGGAGCGCACGUCAUCGUGGCCUGCAGGAAUCAGUUCUUCGUGCUGAACCUGACAGAAGGAUCCUGUGGGCUGAACGAGGCUGAUGUUCAGGCUCAGCUGCAGUGGAUCUACGAGCAGACGCAGACGCGAGCGCAGACGCAGCCGGCCGUGGGACUGCUGACCGCCGACGGACGGGCGGAUUGGGCUUCAGCCAGAGAACAGCUGCUCAAAGAUCCAGUGAACCGAGAGUCAGUGGAGCUGAUGGAGAGCUGCAUGUGUGUCGUGUGCCUGGAUGAUCCCGCGGGACUCGAUCCCAGCGACGCCAACAGAGCUUCACUGAUGCUGCACGGCGGAGGACAGGAGAAGAACGGGGCAAACCGCUGGUACGACAAACCCCUGCAGUUCGUGAUUGGUGCUGAUGGUGUGUGUGGGGUGGUGUGUGAGCACUCGCCGCUCGAGGGCAUCGUUCUGGUGCAGUGCACUGAACACGUCCUGAAACACAUACGGAGCAGCUCCUUUAAGCCGGUCUCCGGUCGGAGUGUGUCUGAACUUCCUCAUCCACGCAGAUUAGUGUGGAAAUGUUCCGCUGGGAUCCAGAGUGCGCUGGCCUCCGCCGCUGAUCACCUGCAGAGACUUGUGAGGAAUCUGGACAUGAAUGUUUCCACCUUCACUGCUCACGGGAAGGAGUGGAUCAAGCAGCAGAAGAUGAGUCCCGACGCGUACAUUCAGCUGGCUCUACAGCUGGCCUUCUACAGAUCUCACAGAAGACCCGUCUCCACCUACGAGAGCGCUUCUCUCCGCCGCUUCCGGCAGGGACGCGUGGACAACAUCCGCUCGGCGACUCCCGAGGCACUGGCGUUCGCCAAGGCAAUGACAGAUGGCAGAACAUCCACUCAGGACACCGAGAAGAUGGAGAAACUGCGAGCAGCUGUAGAAGCUCAGACACAAAUCACAGCUCUGGUCGUCGCAGGGAUGGGGACGGACAAUCACUUAUUAGGACUACGAGAAAUGGCCAAAGAGAUGAAAAUGGAGACGCCAGACAUUUUCUCUGAUGAAACGUACCACAUCAGUAACCAUUUCAUCCUGUCAACCAGUCAGGUUCCAACGACAGAGGAGAUGUUUUGUUGCUACGGUCCAGUGGUUGCCGACGGUUACGGCGUGUGCUACAACCCGCAGGCCGACCGCAUGCUGUUCUGUGUGUCCAGUUCCAGCGAGAGCACAGAAACAUGUUCAGGGCUGUUCGUUCGGGAGCUGGACGCCGGGCUGAGGGACAUGAUGCACCUGUGCAUGAACCACAGCGCCCGCAGACAACAGCGUCAGACCGUCUGA